AUGGAGUAUGGUUUGCUGUACGGGUUCGACUGGGUUGUUUGGGUGACGGUUCUAUGGUAUUGUGUUGGAGGUCUGUCGGUUGCUGUUUGCAUAAAAUAUGCCGACAAUAUUGCUAAAAACUUCGCCACAUCGGUCGCCAUCAUAUUGGCGACAAUCGGUUCGAUGGUGUUCUUCAGUUUCCAGCCGUCGGCCGUAUUUACUUUGGGAGCAGCACUAGUCAUAUUUAGCAUCUUUAUGUAUUCAUCGUCGCAAUCUCUAUUUACGGCAGUCCGGCGGGUGAUGAAGACCGAACUGUUUGCAUAG